AUGGUCGUACUUACCGAUAGCUCGCCUUGGAAGCAGGCAAUUGCUCUGCGCAACCAACGCACCUCCCCGCUGCUCAAGCUGCCUGGCGAAAUUCGCAACACGAUCUACGGCUACGUACUCGGGCACCCAGUGUGGUAUGUCGGUAACUCUCACGAGAAGCGAGAUGCCGAAGGCAACGUCUACGAAAUCUUCCGACUGUACGAAGAGACCCAGCCGGGCCGCCACAAGCCGAGGGCGUCCUUCGGUCCGUCCUUGCUGGGUGUAUCGCGCCAAAUACACCUGGAGGCAUGGCCACUUUUCUAUUCAUCAAGCACCUUCGUAGUCGGCAACCCAAGAUUGUUCUUCUUCUGGAUCGACUCACUGCCUGAAGUUGCGCGGCUUGCUGUCGCCUCCGUCAGUUUGGCUAAACUCGCCCUUCAUGGACGGGUUAAUGGUACAAGCGUGGAUCUCGACGUGUCUGACGCCUUGUACCCCCGCACGUCAUUCCCUCCCCUCGACAUUCAUCAAAUAAGACAAGCCCCCACACUCGCCUCUUCCUGGGAAUACAAUGUCCUCACAUCCUUGGGUGACGUGUACUGGAGACUACCCGGCCUGAAGCAUCUUCACCUCACUGUCAAGGUAACAUACGGCGAGUUUCAGGGGUUCCAUGCCCCGUAUCGUCGAGUCGAGGACCAAGACAUUGAGGCCAAGGUGCGCUCGACGGUGGCGAAUGUCUUCGCGCUUCCCAAUGUACACGUUGACUCGGAUGUGCUUCUUUACAAGAGAUAG